AUGACAUUGGACAAAAUCGAGCUUCGAGUCUCGAUACGCUAUUGUUGGAAGGGACGACUUUCGACCAGAGAUGCUGCGAAAGAGAUUUGUGAUGCUGAAGGCGAAAGAACCGUCCACUACACAACUGUUUCCCGAUGGUACAAACGAUUCGAUUUUGGUGACCUUAGUCUUGAAGAUCAACCACGUUCCGGCCGGCCAUCAAUGUUGGACAAUGAUGGUCUGCGGGCAGCCUUGGAAGAUGAGCCUUCAUCGAGCAGCCGUGAAUUGGCGUCGGUUUUUGGAGUCUCGUCCCAUCAGACUGUGCUCAAUCACCUGCAUCAAAUAGAUUAUGUGCACAAGAAGCCUCGCCAGGAUCCACAGGAGUUGACCGGAGCGCAAGCCAAGCGUCAUUUUGAAGUCUGCCGUCAAUUGUUGGAAAAUCCAUUGGAUGAUCGGCUUUGCAAGCGUAUUGUGACUUCGGACGAAAAACGGGUCUUCUUGGUCAAUCACAACCGGCAGAAGCAGUACGUUCCGCGAGGUCAAGAUCCGCCAUCAGUUCCGCGUCAAGAUCGUUUCGGCAAGAAGGUGAUGACUUGCGUCUGGUGGAACUUUGAGGGCGUGCUUCACUUUGAACUGGUUCCGAAUGGCCGUGCUGUGAACGCCGAACUCUACUGCCAACAACUGGACCGUGUCUAUGACAAGCUGAAGGAGAAGUACCCGACCCUUGUUCGUCACAAACGCGCUUUGUUCCAGCAAGACAACGCUAAACCUCACACCGCCAAGAAAACAAAGGAGAAAUUUGACGAACUGGAGGAAGUCGAGGUCUUGCCGCACCCAGCCUACAGUCCCGACGCUGCGCCGUCCGAUUACGGCCUCUUUCAAUCAAUGGAGCAUUUUUUACGUAGUCGCUGA